AUUUCUCUUAAUUCAACUAUUCCCUGUUCUUCAUAGUUUUAACCAAUAUUCAUUUGAUAAAAUUAUAAACAAAUCUAAUUACACAUAUUUAUAUUUCUUCACAAACAGAAUAUCGUGACUAUAUAUAAUCAAAUUAAGGGAGUCUAUCGACAAUAUACAUCGAAUACAAGCAAUCAAUAGAUCACCCCUACACCCAGACACCCAGCGUUUGUGUUUCACCCUUUUUUUAGAUUUCUAUUUUUUUUAUUUUUGGUCUUUGGUGAGUUAUCUACCAGGCACAAGAUCCUUGUCAUAUAUUGAAUUAAUUUGACUAUGGGAAACGUUCCUGCUAAGGAAGGCAAUUCUUCUCGUAGCAGAUCCAACACGUAUCUGGGGUCAGGAUACCCUCCAGGAAGUGUGUAUAAUGGACUGUCGGCCGGACUCCGGCGUAAUACUACUAGUUCAUCCACUAGUCACCCAUUAUUGUCAGAUAAACGACUGAAAAAAACUGAAGAGAAAGAUCGUCAGCGUAGAAAGCACGCACUCAAUCUCAUUGUCAGAGCCAUUGAAACAAUUGAUGGUGGAUUUCUAGCUCCAUUUGGCACUUAUAAACUGAAUCUUGAUUAUGAUACGGAAAUUGUACGGGAAAUGAUUAUAAAGAGACAAAUUGCCCCUUUCUAUACCCCACUUCAAGACCACAAUGAAAGUUGGAGUGCAGAGGAAUUGUUGGUCCUUAUCAAACAACUCCCUCUUCAUCUGAUUGAAGAAGCCUAUGCGGGGUUGGAUGGAGGUGAAGAAUCUGAAGAUGACAUUGAUAAUCAUAAAAUUCAUAAACUGGCAAACUUUUACCGUCGUCAAGAACAAAAACUUAAAAUUAAACAAUUAACUGUAGAAAUGCAAAAACUUCAACAAGAAGAAGAAUUGAAAUAUCUUGAACUUAAGGCAAAAAAUCUGAUGGAACUUCCUAGUGAUGAUUUGAUUUUAAAACUUUAUCAAGAUGCCACUGAAUGUCCAAUUUGCUUUUUAUAUUAUCCUAAAAAUAUGAACGUUUCAAGAUGUUGUCUUCAGAUGAUAUGUACUGAAUGUUUAGUUCAGAUUAAAAGACUCGAUCCUCAUCCACCUCAUGAUGAUCACACGGAUUCGGUAGCAUCUGAUUCAGUUAGAUCUCCUAGUACCGGUGAUUCCUCAUCUACAGGUCUCAUUGGAACAGCUUCAACAACAGCACAGAAUGGGACAGUUAUAACUCUUAUAUCAGAACCAGCAGCUUGUCCAUAUUGUGCCAUGCCCAAUUUUGGAGUUACAUAUGAUCCUCCUCAUGAUAUUAAAACAGGUAUUAAAUCUCUUAAACCGGGAUUAUUCAAUUCAUCCCCCGAUGGAGCUCAUACAACUUCUAGUGGAUCACUAGAACUCCCAAUAACAUCUCCGAUCCAAAAACCAAGGCGUAAACUUUCAAUGGCUGUAGAUUCACCUGGAGUGAUUACUAUUGAUUCAAUCCGUCCAGAUUGGGAAUCUAAAUUAAAUUCUGCUAGAAGCAAAUUGGCAAGGAAAGCAGCCACUGCUAGUGCUAUACACGCUUCAAAUCUCAUCAUAAAUGAAGGGGAAGGUGAAUCCAAUUCUAAUAAUCGAAGAAGUGCUGGUCAAAUGAGUUCUGUGGAAGAAAGAAUGAUUCAGGAAGCUUUAAGAUUAAGUUUAUUGGAUGAAGAAGAACGUCAAAAGAGGGAGAAUAAAUAGCGAUAAUCUAUAAAGAAGAUUUCAUUGCUGUGGAAGAAGAUUUUGUUGAAAUAGGGCUGAUAUAAAAUUUUAGUUGUAUGUAGUUAAAAGUGACAACUAA